UAGUACCUGUCCCUCUAGAGGGGACAAUAUUAUUCUUGAUGCAAUGUUUGCGCCAAAGAGACUGUUAUGGAAAUUCUAUUUUGCGGCCCAAAAGCCAUUUAUUGUAUUAUAUAGGGCUACGGGAUUUAUCCAUGAUGAAAGAUCCCCUUUCCUCCUGUCAAGUGGCGCGGCAUCUUCCCCGGAAUGGAGCAACAAUACCUCAAUCUCCCCAAGCCCCAGGGGUGUAUUUAAAUUUCCCUUAUAUACAUCGUUCGUAUCACCAAUGUACCCCGUACUACAUAACAUUACAGUACUACUAUUGAAACGUGGUUUCCCUCUCCUCCUCCUCCUCCUCCUCCUUGGCUUGGGUCUGCGGCCUCGCUUUUCAUCCUUGUUGCUACGACUUCCAUCUCAAACAAUCAAGCCUUCUGUAUCUCUUGACCUUCUUGUUGUUCUGGACCUCAGCCUCUUCUGUUUCACUUUCCCUCCCGUUCGUGGCCUGUCUGGCCUUUCCGUGGUUGGCCGAGAGUCAAACCCGCACAUCUGAUCUCAUCGCCGCCUGUCCACCUUCCACUUUCGAAACUUGUUCGCUCGUAUGGCCACAUCGGGCUCAUCGUCAUCAAUUUAUUUUAUACCCGCUGGGCCUCUUUCACCAUAGACUGCAUCUGCGCUACAACUGAUGUUGCAUUGUCUUCGAUCAAUCUAUGUUGGAUUUCUCCCACUCUCUUCGC